AGCAACAAGAUUGGGCUCGUCUACUAACUAGCAGUGACUUUACGUUUACAUCGAUCACGAUCAUUUUCUCCUCCUACUUUCUUCAAGUUUACAAUAAAUAUUCAACCCUAGUAUCCCCGCGCAUCAAAUAAGACAAGGCAUAAUCAUAACCAUGAACAGCAACGGAAGUGCAGCGAUGCCGAUGUCGCGCGGCGGUUUACCGCGUGUUCUUUUUUUCCUUGUCCUCGGAUCCGUUUUCUUUGUGGGAAAAGUGCAGGGCCGCAGUCAGUCCCAACAAGGGUUGUGGAGGUGCCCAGGCCGCUGCUCCCGGCGCAAUAGAGGCACCGGAACAGCAGUGCCCAGCAUGCUGCCGCCAUCAAGUUCAAGUCUUGGGGCCGCGGACGAUGGGGAAGAUACUGCGCCUGAACAGUUAGCACCAAGGGCAACUGCUGGUGGUGUUGAUGCGUCCCCACUGCUCCCCAGAGCAAUCUGGGCGCAGGUUGCCUCUUUCGCCAACAAGGACGCCUUUGCCCUGCACAAGAUUUUUGACACUUUGUUUCCGGGAGGCACGCCGCAACCAAGCUGGACGGACGAGGCAAGCUGGCAAGCAUUAGUCGAGACGGAGCUCGAGGCACGCUGGCAAGUAUUCUACGAGAACCUUCGGAGCCAAGAGAGAUAUGCCUCUUCAUCUCUGAUCCUCAGCCAUCGAAUUGUUGAGAGUCUGCACCACCAGCUUCCUAACACUCUUCCAGUUAUCGGCCAUCCGUAUGGUUUGGCUGCGCAGUUGGCGUGUUACGGAGGAGCCAUAUGCAUCGACAUCGUAAAAGUAUCCUACUAGAAGUACUAGGAGUAGGAAUCGCAUUACAUCACUCACAAAGACAAACUCGAUAAAUUCUAACUUACUCAGCAUGAUGAUCAAAUUGCUAGCCACGGACUUCCCUCAGUAGAAAAGAGAUUUGCAUGAUUUGCAGUGCAUAUGUAACUAGCGCAAGAAUUUACUUAGUAAGAGUCCAGUGCGAUACUUUUGCAGUGCAUAAGCCAACGGCGCUAAUAAGUGCCGGGACCCCCUGAACCACGCGCACGCGGGCGACGUGCUUGCAGCCGUCGAACGCCAGGGCCUACACGAAGCUGGACGAGGACCAGCUGCCCGCCCUGCUUCGUUCCGCCUGCACUUCUUAAAACUCGUCGACGGGGCCCUGAGAAGACAGGGGUUGAAGUAUCACCGUACAAUUCCAAUGUACGAAAAUGGCCUCUUUCGCUACGCGCAUAUUCACUACGAUUUCGGCGCCCCUCCUCGCCCCCCAGCUGUGCGCCCUCGUGUGAGCGCUGUUGAGGCCAAGAUUUUCUUUCUUGGCCAGACGGACCAGAGGCCGGUCGUCGCCGUUGGCAGCCUUUCCGUUGACUGCCACUACGUGAUAUGCGCUGCAAAUGUCGAUCUGGGUCUCCAGGAUCGUAGCUGCAAGGUUUGUCACACGGGUUCAGGUUCUUGCGCAUUAGCAUUAAAUACUACCACCACCUGCCAGAACCAGAAGGUUUGGAUUGCGAGCUCUAGCGUCACAAGCUUCGCGAUGGCUCGACGUCGAUGCCAAUUGUGUGCAUGAGAAGUUGUAUUCUCUCCUGGCAACCAAAAGCGUGGACUUUUACUACUCAUGCAAUACAGAUUUUUGCGUCGGUCUCGGUCAGACCUAGUGUGACAAACUAACUCGGUUUCUUCCAGACCCAGACACAUUUGCCUGCGAUGCGCGGACCUUUCCGAGGACGACCUUGGGAAGCUGGGAAUUUCUAUUGGUGGGAGCGCAGUGGUCGGGAGCGUCGCGGGGGGAUUCCUCGUGCUGAUGGACACCACAACAACAUUGUCCAAUAAGCUUGUCUAUCCUGUGCAAAAGUAUCGUAGUCGUACUAAGAGCGUUCGUCAUGCAUUACAAAUCUGGAUGAUAGUGGUUGAGGGGUAAAAAGGUUCAUGCAUUACAAACCUCCUUCACCUUCUUCGGCUCAAAGAACACUACGAACUCCAUUUUUUCCUGCUGCGGGAAAAACUUGUCAUGCGAUUUGCAAGUAGUAUCAGUGCGAUAGUUUUGCAAUUCAUAUUUUCGUAACUGCGAAAGUGUAUCAAAAGAACUAUGGGGGCACUCGAGGAAUUUCUUAUCGUCUGUACCUCAGAGUCGAGGCAACUGUAUAACCUGCUGUAACGAGACCUGCACCUGUACCAUGUGGUGUAAUGCUAAUGUGACUUUUAGACGAGGAAACUGCAUCAUGUGUUGCAACUACAUCUGGGUCUGAAAAGUUAUCGUGCAAAAAAAAAGUGAAUGAUGUGCGCACUGCAAUACGCAGCCAAGCUUGUUGACAAGGAGCUUUUGAGCUGCUAUUGAUGUGAGUUUUUGCGUAUUCCGCGUGAUGGCAAAACCAAAAGUAAUACAAUACUUUUUUGCAUGACAGGCAAAGUUAUGUUGACCUCUUUUGGCCCAUUGCGAAUGUUACCAAGAUGAGGUGGCAAUUGGAAGAACAACGAUCAAGUACUAGAAUACUCUUUACUUCUUGACAGGCAUCUUGCUUUUUUUCUGUCCGGUGCGAUUGUUAUGCUAGGUGGGAGGUGGCAGAAAAGUGCAAUGCCAAGUGAUGUCGUAUCUUCGUAUUUUACAAAAGACUAGUGACUGACCUGCGGGCGACUAGCAACUGCAAACAACAACUAACAGCGAAAAGAAGGAUAGAGCAAGCACUGUAUUCGAGAUCUACGUGUAUGAUUACAAAAGUUUUUUAAGAAAUACGAAUAAGCAACAAAGAACCACAGUAACACAAGCAGCCAACGCUUCUCGUAAGAGUAAGAGAUAGAGAACAACGUGGUGCAAGCCUUGUUUGUUUUUUAAGUAUUUAUUCAUCGAGAUGCUCUUGCUCUUCGUCUGCUUCCUUGCCGUACAGCGGCGACGGAAAAAGAUACAAUCCCUUGCUGAUAGGUUUUCAUCUUCACUUCUUUUCAUCCGGAAGCAAUUUUAUCAAAUACAAACGAAACACUCAAAGUUACAAUCAUUCUCUUUUACCGAGUGAUGCAAUGCAUGACCCAUAAUUGCGUGGCAAUCCUCCAGAUCGGAAGAAAGAUUUCUUCUUCUUCCCUCGGUUGGAGGUACAGGACGUAGAAGAGUUUCAUUUUCCGAGUAGCAUCUCCUACAGCUGCGACAGUGUGCGCAGUCUCCUAGAUUAAGAUUGACUAGGAGCCUGGUUCUUGUACAACCAGGCGAUCGACCAUCUACAACAUCUGCAGGGAACAAUAGCUGCGUCUUUGAUCACACAGUGCAGGGGACUUCGCGCGACUGCUUUGACGCGUGGCUUUGGAUUUGGAAGAUGAUGAUCUCUAUUAUAUUAGCCAUUGCUUAAUAUAUAUCGGAAGGUCGUGCUGGAGACGAGUCGUGGAUUGUUGUAUUUUCACGACGUGACAACUCCCCGAUUACUCUCCGUUGUUCUGUUAGUGUUAGAAAAAACGUCUCGCGCGGAUCUUCUCGCACAUUGCACAGGCAACUGAAGACAAUAGCACAGAUGACGAGCAGCACGCAGCCCAUGCCGGGACAGCAGUGCCAUGCCAAAGGUGGCGUCUUCCAUAGACCUAGUCUGUAUGUUGCUCCUGCAAAGGGGCAGCAGCAUCCGCU